AUGCACCUCUCCCAAGCCCCCUCUCCUCCUGAUCUAGGCCUCGGCGACCCCGUCAAAAGCCAGUUCGCAAGGAGGCACGACGAACGCCCACGCGGUCCUGGGUGGUGGACCGCAGACACAUCCUCAGACGAAGACCACGAGGAGGCUCCCUACGUGGCCCCCGUUGCCGCCGUGGCGCUGAGGCCGAGCUCCCCCGACAAUGACAUCAAGCCACCGGUGUCAGCCAUCCCGUCGUUGAGCGAGCAGCGCUGGUCCGGCGUGCACAGCGCCCUUCAUGACCUAGAGUCUAUGAUAGCGCAGAUUAGCGAUGGGGCAAGUGUACCCAAACACCUCUUCGGCCAUCGUUCAGGCAACCUUACCAGCUUCACUGGUGGAGCAGACUUUGCUGCGGGGGGUGCGUCGAAGGCGGCUGAGGCUUCCAGGUUGGCGAAGGCGAAGCCCCCCGGAUCGCUCCAAGGUGGCCCUGCAGUUGAAUCGAGCAGGACUGCUGGUGCCUCCAGGGUGAACGCAGCUCAGGUCGUGCAUCAGGAUCCUGCAGCCCUUUCUGCGGGGCGACCAUCCACACCGUCAGGUCGUGGUGGCUCUUGUGCCGUGCUGGGAGAGCAUGUGCAGAGUGAUCCCUCGGCAAGCCACGACCACGCACCUCCAUCACCUCGGAAAGCCGAUGCGUCCGCUCAAACGGAUCUCUCCGGCCCCGGCCCAGGUCCUGUUCCGAAAGGGGGCGAAGAUGCUCAGAAGGUCGGCGCUGGUCCAGGUGCUGAAGCGCAGAGGGCCGAGAUGCCCGAGACGGAGGGCCCAAGCUUGGGCCUGGGACCGCCACUCUGUCCGGCGAAUGCGAUGGAAGUCACGGAAGCCAGCACAGCCCCCACGCACCCGGACCCGGACGUGUCCAAGUCAGUGGCGGACCUGGGUAACACAUCGCUGACCAUCCCGGACAAGGAAGCACCGAGCUCUGACAUAAACCGGUCACCCUCCCUGUCGCCGAUCCCGCACCAGGGAGGCCUCGACAUGACGGUCGACGACUCGAGGCCCUUCUCGCUGGAGAACUCCAGCAGGUCUGGCAGCGAAGAUGAAGGGCCGGCUGCGCAGCCACAACCAGCGUCAGCCCCGUCUCUGCCGGCGGCACCGGCGCCGGCACCGCUGGCAGGCCGAGGAUCUCCAGCUGCGAAGGAGUCGCUGCCCAUUGAUUCCUCGAGCGACAGCAACAGCGAAAGCUUGGGCCAUUUGGAGCUGAUCGGCGGCAAGCGAGGUGGACCUGCAGCUGUAGCAAGCGCGUCCAAGUCCAAAGCCAUGACUGACUCGGAAAGCGAGAGCAGCGAUGGGCAUCUGGAGCUGGCUAAAUCCAAGCCAGGCGCUUCGAAGUCUGCGGCUGCGCAGAUCGCGGACGACUUGGGCGUGCUCGGUGCCUUGCGCAGCAGCAGCAGCAGCAGCGGCAGCAGCCGGGUCGAAGUUGCCAAAGCCAAGCCAGGUAGCGAUGGCAUCAUGGAGGUUGAGAGUGCCGAUGACAGCAGCGACGGGUUCUGA